AUGGAGAAACAAAUGGACGAAAAGGUUUACCCUCCAACUUCCAGCACGUUGAUCAAACCACAAGCCCGCGAGCCUUACGACUCGGGUGUGUCUUUUGAAGAGUACACCUACUAUGCGCAGAAGACGAGAGCCGAGCAGGAACUACUGGAUCCACCUGUUCUUAAUGUGCGACAGUGGUUUGGGAAGUCGAGUGGAAGCGAUUCGUCAAACCAGGAUGUUACUACUGCGCUGACUGAGGAGGAUUUCACAAACCGGGCCAGGAGACUUGAGAUUACUGAUGAGGAGUGGACGAAUGCCAGUAGAGCGUUUCGGUCGGCUUCAUGGGGCGCUUGCUUCUACUUGAUCACCACGGAUAUUUUGGGGCCGUAUGGAUCAGGCUUUGCGAUGGGCACACUGGGAUGGGGACCUGGUGUCGCAUUUUACACCGUAUUCGGAGCGAUGGUCGGGUAUUCAGGAUACCUCAUCUGGCGUGUCUACCUCGGCGUCGACAGCUAUGAGUUCCCCGUGAAGAACUAUGGCGAUCUUGGCUUCAGAACAUUUGGUAAUGGCGGUCGGCACUUGACGAAUAUUCUACAAGGGAUCGGUCUACUCCUAAUCACCGGUCAAGUCACAAUUCAGUACGGCGAAAAUAUCUCUCAGGUCUCAAAGUUCAGAUUGUGCUACGCUGUUUGUCCAGUCCUGUUCGCCGUUGCCGGAUUCUUCAUCACGCAGAUUCGUACCUUGAAGGCAUACGGGUGGAUCGCUAAUCUGGCCGUGUGGUUGAAUAUCUUUGUUAUCUUCAUGACGAUGGGUGUUAUGGCCAAUUCGCCACCGAAUUAUCAAAUAUCUACUCUUGGGUCCGCGGGUAGUGAUACCGAUGCGACAACCAUCACGCCUGUGAAUGGUGUCUACCCGCCAAUUAUCCAUUACAACAACAUUCCCCCUGGGAAUGGCCUCGUUGGAUCCGUGAAUGGUAUGCUUUCUGGCGUGCUGGCCUAUGCCGGCGCACAGCUAUUUGUCGAAUUCAUGGCGGAAAUGAGAAGACCCCAAGAUUUUAUCAAAGCCAUGUGGAGUGCUCAAUUCUUCAUUUAUAGUGUCUAUCUCACUUACGGGUGUGUGGUCUACUACCUGCAGGGUCAAUACAGCUUUAAUCCCAGCUACCAAGGUGUCAGUAUCUAUGGAUGGCAGACACUGGGAAAUAUGGUGACGCUAAUUGCCGCUCUGAUCGCGGGUGGACUUUACGGCAAUAUUGGCAUCAAGGUUGUUUACAACAACAUCCUCGUCGACAUAUUCAAGGUCCCUCCCAUGGAAAGUCGACGUGGUAAAAUUAUCUACGCGAUUCUCGUUCCAUUGUGGUGGAUCAUCGCCUUUAUCAUUGGCGCGGCUGUUCCCGAUUACUUUGGAUUUGUCAGUGUCAUUUCUGCCUCUAUGCUUCUCAACUUGAGCUAUACUCUACCUCCGUUGUUUGCACUGGGCUUCGAUAUCCAGAGGAAUGCUACUCGAGUGGAGGAGGGAGAGGGCUUUGACCCAGUGACCGGACAGGUUUCGAGAUCUGGAACAGCUACUCAGCGGUGGGUUCGUGGGUUCUUUGCGGGCGGCUGGUUCCAAGUCUGCAUAAACAUUUGGCAUGUGGUUUAUUUCUUGGCCUCCUUGGCCAUGUGUGGUCUGGGCAUGUGGGCAGCCGUUAUUGGAAUGAUCGACGCCUUCGAAAUUCCGCAACUGAACUCGUUCUCCUGUGUUUCACCACUUAAUCUCAAUGCAUGA